AGUGUGAGGGCGACGGAGAGAAGGACACACACGUCUGAAGAACAUGGAGAAAGGAGACGACAUCAUCAACCCCAGUUUCGCGGCGGCGCUGAUGAAGCUGGACCCGGACGAUGGGGCUCAGAUCAUGGACUACAUCAGAACUCAGGCCCUGCUCUCCAGAGAGAAAGCCCUGCUGCAGUCGUCGGUUCGGGAGCAGAAGAAACUUUUGGUGGAAAACGCCAAACUGAAAAAGGACAUUGAGGAUCUGAGAGGACAACUGCAGGACAAACAGAGGAGACGAUUAGCCAAAGCGUUGUUCUCUCCAGCCCCGCCCCCUCAGCAGACAAGCCCCGCCUCUUCCUCCUCAGACUCACCCGCCGCUUCACCUGUCAAUCAACCUGCGCAGGAUCGAAGAGACGGACAGCGCAGGAAAAGAGGAGACAGGAGAGUCCGAUCAGGAACAGGAAGUGAGCUCCUGUUGGGGGUGGAGCCUCGUCUGGACGUGUCACGAUUGGACCUCAGGGUGGGGCGUGUCCUUAGCGCCCGAAACCACGCCCACUCGCUGAGCAUACAGGAAGUAGACGUCGGAGAGGCCGCUCCCAGGGCUGUGGUCAGCAAACUGGGGCCCAACGUCCAGCUGGACCAGCUGCCCGGAGCGAUGGUCGUGUUGAUCUGUAACGUCAAAGCCCGCAAACUGAGGGGCGUGGUCUCGAAGGCGCGUCUCGUCUGCUGCAGCCAAUCGAAAGACUGCAUCGAGUUGCUGACCCCGCCCCCAGGGUCCACGCCCGGGGAUCGAAUCACCUUCCUCAACUUCCCAGGUGAACCAGACAAAGAGCUGCCGUCGAAGGAGCGCGUGUUCGAGCGUCUGCAGCCCGACCUGUGCGUGGACUCGAAGGGCGUGGCUCAGUACAAAGGCUGCGGCUUCGAGGUCAAAGGGAAAGGCCUGUGCAGAGCGCCCACUCUCAUCAACUGUUCCAUCAGAUAAACACAAACAGUUUUAAAACCGAACAGUGGAUUUGAGGUGGAAAUGUGUAAAAAUACAGUGAGAAUUAAAAAUCAUUAUGACCCAUUGGCAGGUUCCAUCGGCGUUCUU